UGCCAGCAUGUACAGGAAAAGCUUGCCAAGAUAAUUUUCCAAUUGGACUUGUGUUGCAUUCAUUUUCCAAUGAAACCCAUCAUAGAUUUCCCCCAGACCUUCACAGUACUUGUGUUACUCCCUUAUCCACUUACCAUAAGCGCAUAUAUAUCUCUUAUACCUGUAUAUAUAUAUAUAUAUACUAGUACCGAACUGUUAUAAUAUCACAUCGGAAAACAGGCGUCUGCAUGUGAUGAUCAUGAUGAUGUCAUCCCAAAAUGGCCUCUUGAGAUCCCGUUCCUGAUGCAUGCUGCUACACGAAGGCUUGCAUAAAAAUAAAGUUCUCCCAACGGCAUCAAAUGCUUAUUGUAUCAUGACCCGAUCGUCACACACGACGUGGGACAAAUGAAACAAUAAGAAGGGCAAAUAAAUGGACGGGAAGCAAGUCCUGACAGGCGUGUUGGUUGGUGUGCUCCUGUGUCUGACUCUGGCGGAUUUCAUCGGCUACUUCCUGCACGCCGGACUCUACUUGCUUUCCGCGUGUGCGUUUCACCAAUUCUCUGGCUUGUGGCUGAGUCUGGACGAUGAUCAUCAUCGUAACAACGCAGACGAUGAUGGACGCAGGGCUUGGGGAAGCAGCAGAAGACGUUAUUCACUGGGGCACAUGAAUAAUAAUAAUAAUAAUAAUGGAACAGGUUAUUAUUCGACUUCUGGUGGAGGUGUAGUGGGAAGAGACGGUCAUCAUCAGAGUGCGACGACGAGGGACUCGUCUAAUUGGGCUGGGUCCUUGUUUUGCGCUGCUGUGAUGACUGGGCUGGGGUGUGUGAUUUAUGCUCGGCCCGUGGUGGAAUGGUUCAAUUCCUUGGUCAAUUUCUCCGACGACUUCCUCACUUUCAGCUCGGCCACCAGUGAGGGAACAGCCAGCAGCGAAAUCGUGCCAUGGGAUACAGCAGAAGAAUCCUUCAGCGUCCACGACCCACACAGACGAGGUCAGCAACCAGCGACAUCUAACCUACUUGCGUUAGCUCCCGGAGACGGCAGCACUCCAUUCAGGAACAUAGAUGUCUCUGUCCCCGAUCGUCAUCACGGAAGAACUGUGCAAUCCAGGUUCAGUGUCAGGAGAGACUCGUUGAUCAAGCGCAUGAACAAUCCCAUCACAGUCAAGGAUCACCUCCUUCAAGAACUUCUCAGCAUUAACAAAAAAGCUGGGGAGAAUCAAAACCUUGAGGAGACACUGGAGAAAAAUUCCAGCCUAGAUGAAAACAGCCGAAAAUCUAGUUCACCAUUUUUCGAAUUCACGACGUCUUUUGCUUCUGCUGAACUCACAUCCAGUGGACAGAACAAAAAAGAGCUGCAAAACAGUGCAUCUCAUGUGUCUGAGGCAGUUCAUAGACACACUUCAGGAGGGGUUCAUGAGGACUUCAAUAAUGUCAGCUCUUUGAUGCAAGAAGCAACAGCACUUACAAACACCAAUCAUCAGGAUAAUAAUGACAAUUAUUCCAUCACUGAUGCUGGAAACAUUGCAAAUGGAGUUUGCAGGGCUUGCAAAGCUCACCAUCAACCACCACCAGACACAGUGACUGAUUUCACAUCUCCUUAUUGUGGCUGUGAUGAUAGGACAGAAGCAAGCUUGCACAUAAUCCAAUUGCCAAAAUCAGCUGCAGGGAUCUCUCACCAACAAGAUACCACCUGCUCAAGCAUCACUGCCUCUUGGUCAUCCAGCUCUGUGUCCUGCUCUAUCUGCAGUGUGGCUGCUGCCAGGAUAAGGGCAGGAAGAAGGCACAAAAGGUCCAUUCAUGAUAAAAGAUCCAGGUCUGGUUCCAUCAGUGCCAGUACCUCAUCCACAUCUAGAUCCACCAGCACUGUUAAAGUGGACUCUACCCUUGAAGAUCUGCUCUCUCAGCAAUCCUCUGCUGAAGACAUCUCAAGCAGCAAAGCUGAGGAUAUUCCUCACCAACAGGAUAAGCAGCUGCCUGCUCAUGAAGAACAAGCUCCAUCAGUGAAGGAACCCCCAAAACUCUCAGUUGAAGCCCCCAAAGAGCAACUGCAGAAUCCUGUCAGAAGGAGAUCCAAUUCCAGCACAGUAAAACCUCCUGCCAAUAAUAAUAAUAAUAAUAAUAAGAAAACAUUCCCCAAAAGAAGAUCACUUUCCUUUCACCACCUCACCAAGAAAGAAGAAGAAGAACUCAUUUCUGCAGUCCUGCAGAUCCUGAGGAGAGAGGAUUAUGUCAAAAGCAGUGGCUCCAACAGCUCCAUAGAAUUCAAACUGGGACAGUUGACUACACCUGACACUGUGGCUGAUGCUUACACUUCCACUGAGGAGAAUAAUAAGUCAAGCAAGCGCAGCUUAUUCAACCCUGCUCACUUCAAGAGGCCCAAGAAGUUGAAGAGCACCGGAGUGUCCAGAGAUCACAGAGCCACCAAGCUCUACAAACGCCUGGUCAAGGACAGCAUCAAGUUUAGGAAUUUGCAGAGAGACAUGAAAAGGCUGGCCAGCAGCAAGGACAAUAAGAGGGAAAUAAAGGCUUCAAUAAACCGUCAUCAACAUCUCUCACCUGCUGUAUCUGUAUCACAUGAGAAACCAACACCACCGCCACCUCCACCACCAAAGACACUUGCUGAUGAGUCCAAACCCAUCAGCCAUGAUAUAAUCAAGAGUAAUAAGUCCACCAACAGCAGCAGCAGCAGGAGGAGAUCCCAUGUCAACAAGAGGAAGAAGAUGUCCAAUAAAUCAUUGCCACCAGCGCCCUCUACCAAGAAGAAGUCUCCCAGAGAAAGCAUCAAAUCUGCAACUGUUCUGAGGGUCUCUGAGCCUCCCAAGUUCAGGCACAAGAUGCCCUCAGACUUCAAGCUGAGGCCAAGGAGGUCCCUCAAGUCUGACUACCUAUUCUUGCCCCAGGAGAACCUGCCCCCAGGCUGGCCCCCCUGGCAACCCCUCAGCUCCAAGAUCAGGACUGUGAAUGUGCAGCCCAAGGCCCUGCCAGAGAAGCUGUUUAAAGAGCCUGCGCCUCCAUCCACCAUUUCCAAGUCGCGGGGUGUGCAAACAGAGCCCAAGAUUGGCAAGGUCAUAGAGCGCAUCUCAACCAGAGCAACAUCUAGCAAAAGCUCUGCAUCUUCUCACUAUGAAAUUGCACCCUUUGUGCCUCAAGUGCUGCCUAAUAAUAGCAUCAGUACUCUCAGGAAUAAUGACAGGCUGAAGGGAGUCAUGAUCUUGCGCCGCAUCAGAAGGAAGCAUCCCAGAUCAUCCAGUGCCUCUUCAAUCCUCAACAACAACAACAACAACAGCAGCAGGUCAAGUAAAAGGAGGUCCACCAAUAAUCCAUCCAAACCCAGGUUUGUGAGAACCACUCCUGAAUUCCGCCAAAAGUUGAAAAGGCGGAAAAAUGUGCUUAGAAAGCGCAGUUCUCAUCAUCAUCAUGGUUCUCGCAAAGUCAGUCACUCAUCCUCCAUUACUCACUGGAAUCCCAUGCAUGAACCACCUGUAAAGUACACUUCAUUCAGCCAAUUCCUGGCUGUGCGACAGCAAAGAGAGAUUUACUCCAACCUGAUGAAGAGACCUUUCAGCAGUAACAGCAAGUACUAUUCAGGCUCUAGGAAAGCCACUUCACACAGUGAACCCAGGCACAUCAGCAGCAGAAAAUCCCACAGGAGAACAGGAUCCAAGAGGAGAAGCAAUAAUAGUGCCACUACCAUUAGGACAUCCAGGUCCACUCCAGUCUUUGGACCAUUGAGGAGGUCCAAAACUGGGGAAUCUGUCCCUGCCAGGGUCUCUGCUGCUGGAAACAAGCAGCAGUCUGUCUGGCUAACCUCUGUUCAUCCAUCCAUUAAGAAUAUUGAGAAACCAAGAGUUGAGACCAAGGUGCACAUGACUGCCUUGGAUGCCCUUGCAGGCACAGCUUUUGGGAUUGGCAAUAAGCAAGUCACUCAUCAUCAUCUGGCUUCAAGGUCCUCCAAGUCUACACAGCACCAUCAGCAGUACAUCAUAAAGUCCAAACUGACCAGAAGGCAUUCAUUUGUCCCACCUGUAGCAUCAGAGUUUGAGACUGAGGAGGACAUUUCUGACCACUUGAAAACCAAAUUGGCCUCUGGCUCAUCUGAUGGACAAAUUAUUAGAAGAAGGAGACAGUGUGCAAGGGAUUCCUGUUCAUCUGAAAUUGUCAUCACUUUGUCUCCCCAUGAGCCCAGAGAAAUACCCAGAAUAUUCCAUGUAACACCAAGCUCUACAUCUGAUGUGGGGAAUGAUGUUACAGGAGACAUAGAAAGAACAGCCAGUGGAGAACAAAGCAACAGCAGUGUGUGGCAUUUUGCAGAGCAAUUGCACAAAUUUUUUGACUCCAUGAGUGGAAUGGAAGCAAGUGCUGUGCCUGUGCCAAUGGUGGUGGGUGACUCACACCAAGAAGGUAUUCAACCCUCAAAGCCUGUGACUUCAUCUCAAGAAGCUGAGACAAUCAAUGACAGUUGGCACCCUGUUGAUCAAGCAACUUCUUCCUUGAGUACUCUGGCUGGCACUGUCAUGGUUCCCUUCAGAACCAUAUUUGAUCAGCUUCAAAGUCAAACACAUGAGGUAGUGAUGCCACCAGCACCAGCAGAAGCCACUCUUGAUCCUACAUCAGCAAUGCCUUCAGCUGAUGGAUUGGAUGGUUUGACUGAUGACCAAGACUCAAAUCAAUCAAUGGACACUGCAGAGUUGAUUGAGACAAACUCCUUUAGCUACCACAUGGUGUCUACAGGGACCAAUCCUGUGCAUAUUAUGAAAGAACAAGAGGGACCUAGCAGUGAAGAUGACACUAAAGUUAGCCAACCAAGUGAGCUAUCAGCUCCUAAUGUGAAGGUGGUUCAAGAUUCUGCAGAAGGUCAUUAUCUGAAAGACAUGCUGAUGAGCCAGACUCGUGGCAAUAAUGCCAACAACACCCGGCGAUCCCUGGACCUCACCCGGGCCCAAAGGCUGAAGGUUGCCCAUUUAUCCCGAGGCAACAGGUACCAGACCCCGGGACCCACCGUCGUCUCACCCUGGAAACAGUCCAGCAGACCUGCUGAACAUCGCCGAUUAUUGGCUUCACAACAGACUGCUGUCCACUUAUUGGACGUGAAUUUCUCGUCUCAUUCUGGCCCUGAACAUAAUGAAGACGAGGAAAACAAGCAACAACAACGACAGCAGAAAAGGUCGAGUCCCGAGACGAGGAAAAUUAUUGGCGCACUCUUGCCCUAUUCCCCGCCUAAAAAACCGCAAUUGACACUGCGAAGCUCCAGCCGACCCCAUGUUCGCAGGAAUUUAAACCAUUCCAGCAUUCGACAGAGACGUUCCAUGAUGCAGAAUAAUACUCAUCAUCAAAGUAUCAUUGAUGAUGGUGAUGACGACGAGCGAAAUUUUGCGAGCAAAAAUCCUUCAGCACCUGUCCUCACCACCACCAUCAGCAGCAGAAGACGGGUUUCUGCUGUGGGCAAGAACAAGUUCGCCCUCGGGCACUCGUUGGGCACGACUGCCAUUUCGAAUGCGAACCAGUUUCACAAGGUCAAGUCCAUGACCCCGUCACCGAAUACCGGCUCUGCUUCUGCGAAACGUCCACCAACAGCAAGGCGACAAUAGCAGGGGUUUUUUCUUGCACUAAAUAUUUCAAGUGUGACCUGACCUGCUGCAAAGAUAACUUAUAGCCAUUUCAUUCAAUUUGCAACACCUCUCUGGUGGAUUUUAGUUUUUGUGGGGAUGAAAGCAGCCAAUAAAUGAAUGAAGAAAUAAGGAAAAAAA